GCACUGCAUCUCCCUGUCUGCCCGGACACCUCUCGCUCUGUCUUUCCAUCUCUCUCUCCCUUCCUCUUCCAUCUCUCCCUCCAUCAGUCGCUCCCUGCUGGCUCUGGCCUUGGUUCUGGUCUCCGGAAAUGUGGCAUCAAAGCUUUGGACUUCUAGGAAAAUCCUACACCCAUGACACAACAGGAUCCUUUUUGCUGGGAAAGUGGCUCUACAUGCCCCUCUGCUCAGUACCUCUGUGUAGUGCUGUGGUAGAUGUUGCUAUCCAGGAUUAUGUGGCUGAUGUGGCCUCAGAACUCACGUACCAGAACAAGAGUCCCAUCUCCACAGAAGUCCUCUUUGUCUUCCCCCUGGACCCACAAAUGUCCAUAUACUCCUUCCAGGCCUGCAGUGAGGAUGCCAAGGUCCAGGCCAUGCUGCAGGAUGAGGCCCAGCAGCUUCAUGAGGCUACAGGGAGCUGGGAGAAUCUGGAAUACCUUCAGGAUCAGUCUAGGUAUCCAGGCAAGGUGUUUGCCUGCUUCCUGGGCACACUGUCCCCUGGUAGGGAGCUGGUCGUGACACUACGCUACGUCCAGGAGCUGUCACGGGAGCCAGACGGAGCAGCCCGGUUUGUGCUGCCACACACACCGCACCCCUACACACAACUCUACGCCUGGAACUGUCACAGUAGCCACCUCCCCUACAGCCUGCUGCUCACCGCUAGCCUGCAGUCACCCCGUGGAGUAGCCAAUGUCCAGGCCAACUGCUCCCUCACCGCUUUGAUCUACACUGCCCAGGAUCACAGCACUGCACAGGUCUCACUGGCUGGCAGUCCCCCAGGACAACAUGAUUUGGAGCUGCUGGUGUAUUUUGGAGAUCCCAGUGCAGUCAGUGCUGUGGUGGAGAAGGGAAACCCUGAGGCCCCUCCAGGCUCCCUACUUGGUGAUCCCAUGGUGUUGGUGACACUGGCACCCAGCAUCCCUGAGCCAGUGCCUGGGCAACACCAGUCUGGAGAGUUCAUCUUCCUCCUGGACACCACUUUUCUUGAGUGUGCCAAGGACUCCCUGCUCUUCCUCCUCAAAAGCCUGCCUCUGGGCUGCUACUUCAACAUCUACUGCUAUGAAGCAGCGUCUAUGGGCAUCUACCCGCAAAGUGUUGAAUAUACUCAGGACAACCUGACCAAUGCCCUGUGGCGCAUUCCUUCCACUGGCUCCAGUCUGGGUGACACCAACCUGCUUGAAACCCUCCGCUCAGUCUACAGUACCCCCCGCCCCCGCGGGCAUGCACGCCAGCUCUUCAUCUUCAUGACUGGGCUACCCUCUGACAAAGAAGCCAUCGCAGCUGAGGUCUGUCAUCAUCGCAACAGCCACCGGUGUUUCUCCUUCUACUUCUCUGAGGACAGCGCUGCCCUGGCUAUAGCCCUGGCCAGGGAGACAGGGGGUGAAGUUACCUAUGUCUCCUCCAACAACAGUAUGACAGCUGUGGUGUUGCAGUGCCUGAAGAGAGCCCUCAAGCCAGCAGCUGAAGUAGUCUCUCUGAGCUGGACCCUGCCACGUGGCCUGGAGGUUGAAGUGCUGGGGGGUACUCCUCAGUCUAUCUUUCAGGGUCAACACAGUCUUCUCUAUGCCCAGAUCCAUGGACAGGCACAGGAUACAACGGUGGCCAAGGGGGUCAUGACUUUGCAGUGCAGCCUGGAGGGCCAGGAUGUCACUCACACAAUUGAAUUCCCACUGUGCUCACAGGGAGAUGGACGAGGGGAGAACCCAGGUGUGGAACCAAGCAUUUGGGCCACAGUGCUGGCUGUGACCUGGCUGCACAGACCUGACAAAUGUUACCAAGAGUACUGUGAACUUCUGGAGACCAAGGCCGUGACCUGGCUGUGCAGCCGAGCUGUGUCCCAACUGGACAAGUGUCUGGAGGCAGCCAACAACCUCCUUGGAAGCAGUGCAAAGCCAAAUAUCUUCAGGCUCUGAGUUCACAUAUGCCUUGAUACAGACCAACAGCAUCUGCAGAGAGUAUAACCCAAAUUCACACACUGUGCUAGGAUACCACUUUUGCUACCAGCUGGGGUCUUACAUUAUAGAUUAAUUCUCGCUGCUUAUAUAUUAUACUAUUUGGGAUGAACCUGUACCAUGCUGAGCUCCUCAAGAGAAAAACUCCAAUUCAGCCCCUCCGAGUGUUUAGUCUCGGUGGAGGUGGCAGUGGGAAGGAAGCCCUGUCCUUCCUGAAUUAGACUUCGGCAAAAUAGCUACUGGGUCCCACAAAGGUGGUGCUUAGGGACAUGGUUGGACCUAGUUGUGGACUUAGAAGUGCUGGUUUAACAGUUGCACUCAAUGAUCUUUUCCAAACUAAAUUAUUUUAUGAUUAUGGUUUCUGUUUGACAAGAGAGUGCUUUGCACACUAGAAAAGAUCAGUGUUUAGUGGUAUCAACAGCAGGUACCAUUGCAGAGACUCACAAUGAAGGACUCCUGCUGCAUGUCAGUUGCUGACCUCUUUGCUUUCCCCCAAAAGUCCAGGUUGUGUCAGGAACUCCUAUAUCUUUCCUUUGCCAUGUAAACCAAUCAUUUUGGAAGUAAAACUCUCAUCUUCGUCAGACUCAGCCCAUCAUAAGGCUUAAAAGAGCUCAAGUCACAUGAGACUGAUUUGAAAACUAUCAGUAUGUUGGAGGUGGAACUUCAGGAGCUUUUGAUUAACAAACCAGUCAUGCAAUUUACUCCCUCUGCCUCUGGGUCCUGAAUUCAUGGGUGUCACUCCAUGUUAGCAAAGUCUCUGCUUCACUUCCCAAUAAACAGUGAAUCUUCU